AUGGCAACCGGCACACAAAUUACUAAGGUCGUUUCCCUGUUCUUUGGGCCCAUACGCAAGGAUGUGGAGGAAAAGAUGAACGGAAGGCCCAUGUCGUGGGCCGAAGUGAAAGACAUGGAUUCGGAUAACGACAAAUACCACAAGGAAAAGGGUCCGGAUGGAGAACGAGGAGACCUACUCCCGGAGAUCUACGCGAACGACGUGAAGUCAUGGCUUUCCAAGGACGAUCGAGGAAGCCUUCUCUUGGUCUCCAGCCACCAGUCACUGUGCGUGGCACUGAAGGACCAUAAAAUCGCCUUCACUCCGGUGAUGCCUGAAGAAGCGGGAUUGCCAGCGUGGAGAACUAUGUCCGAGAAAAACCCCCAAUAUACCAAAUACGAGGAUCGUAUUCCCAACUGGUACACGGAGAAAAAGAAGUGGUGUGAACAGAAGGGCGUUGCAAUUAGCUACGUACCGAUGGCGAGAUGCAACUCUUUAGGCCUUAUUGAGCAUUUGAAUUCGUUGAAGUGA